CUUAUCGAUAGGAUUAGGAUUAUUGGACUGUUGAAAACAGAAACACAAUUCCAAUUGGAUCAAAAACAAGGAGUCACCACAAAUCCACGAACAAACUGGGAUUUGCAUGUGCCCCCCGCGGAGCAGGAGAUUGCAGCAGGAGCAGCAGGCGUGGCAUCGGGACUAGGACUCACUGGGCCAACCGAACCGACUGCGGCGACGUCAACAAUAUUGGUACAGUGGUGACUGGGCUUGGGACACCACAGCCACAGCAACAACCACAAUGAGCUGGUUUGAAAAGGCCAAAACGGUGCUGAUUGAGGCGCUGGACAUCCAGGACGAUGACAGCAAGGCGACGGAGAAGGACACGACGGUGGCAGGCGCUGCGGACGAAGGUGGCGCCACAACUGGGAGUACCGCAUCCUCGGAGGCAGCGGGUGGAGGCACCGCUGCCACGCCCGCUUCAGACACGCCCACUUUCUUUGACAAUCCCCAUGCCAACGAGAUGGUCACCAUUCCGCCCACGCCCACUUCCGUGCCGGGUAGCAGCGCCUACGGCAAACGCCAAUCGGCCACCUCGGAUUCGGUGGAUCUGCUUUCCUCACCAACAUCGCCCAUCUCGCCCAGCGGCGAGGAGCCGUCGGUGGCCAAGCGCCUGUCCGAAUCCUCGCUGGAACUCAUCACGGCCACCACGGCCAGCGAAAUGGAGAUGUCCCCCGACACGGAGCCCUCGCUGCCCGACAGCAUUGUGAUCAUUGCCAGCAAUGACACAUCCGACAAUGCCGAGGGCGAUGGCGAGGAUGACGACGACGACGAGGGCACGCAGCUAGAGCGGCAUAUGGAGGAUCACCUAAAUGACUCCACCAAAACCAUGAAGGCUUUGGUCCUCAGCGACAUUCAGACAGCCGGCAAUGCCGACUCCGAUUCCACGCAGAGCUUCGAGGACAUCCAGCUGCAGAUGAGCCACAAGGGCAAGUCGCCCGCUCCCGCCAAGGCGGAGGUGGUGGACCAGAGCUAUUCGUCCACCUCGUCGGACAUCGAGAUCAUCUCGAAUCCGAAUGGCGACUCCAGCACCAACAGCACCACCACGCGCACCAGUCCGCAGAAAUUCAAGGAGCUGGCCGGCGGCAAGGUGGGCCUGAAGGCCAAGGGCCAUCACCGCGAGCCCUCGGAGAUCUCGCUGCUCUCAGAGGACUCGCAGUCGGAGCUGGACAAGCUGGUGCAGCGUAUCAGCGAGCUGAACCAGGUGAUUGAGGCGCGGGAACAGAGACUCUUGCAGUCGGAGCGCCAAAAUGCCGAGCUCCUGGAGCGGAACCAGGAGUUGCGAGCUCGGGUCGAGGCGGCGGCCAAUAGCGCCAACAGUCCGGAUGCGGCGGAUGCUGUGCAGCGUCUAUCGGCGCUGGAGAAGAAAUUCCAGGCCAGCAUUCGUGAACGCGAUGCCCUGCGCAUCCAAAUGAAGAGCCUGCGCGAUGAGCUGCAAAAUAAGAUACCAAAGGAUGAGCUGGCCGAGUGCAACGAGAUGAUUGCCGGCCUGCAGUCCGAGGGCGAGAAGCUGUCCAAGGAGAUCCUGCAGCAAUCGACGAUCAUCAAGAAGCUGCGUGCCAAGGAGAAGACCUCGGACACGCUGCUGAAGAAGAACGGCGAGCAGAUCUCGCUGCUGUCCAGCGAAUCGGAGCGCCUGAAGAAAUCCCUGGCUGCCAAGGAGGAGAUGGAGCGCACCCAGAUCGAGGCGGUUUGCCGGAUGACGGCGGAGAAGAAGCGUGUCGAUGAGGAGAAUGCCGAGGGUCGCAGUCGCAUCGAAGAUCUGCAGUCCAGGCUGGCUGCCCUGCAAGCCAGCUUCGAUGGUCUGAAAGGAGAUCUCCAGAAGCGUACGCGACUGGAGCAGGAUAGCCUGCGGGCCGAGCAGCAGGAGUAUGUGCAGCAGGUGUCCGAUCUGCGCGAGAAACUCCGCCUGGCCGAGCACAGCCUGGCCAGAAGGGAGCAGCAGAUGCGCGAGGAGAACCGCCAGCUGUUGCAUCGCCUCGAAGCCGCCGAACUGCGGGCGGAGAGCUCCACGCAGGAGCUGGGCGCCACCACCACGCCGCUGAUCCGCCAGAUCGAGUCGCUGCAGCGCACCCUGGAUCAGCGAUCCGCCGGCUGGAAUCGCGAGGAGCAGCAGCUGCUCCAGAAACUGGACGACUCACAGGUGCAGCUGCGCUCACUGCAGCAACUGGAGUCCGUGCAGGGUGAGAAGCAGGAGCUGCUGCGCACCCGUUGCGGCCUGCUGGAGGAGAAGCUGUCGAGUGCGCUGAUGGAGGCGGAGGCCGCAAAGAUGGCACUGCGUCAACACGACCUUGAGGCGGACAGCAGGCAGAGCGAUCACAAAAAGCAAAUCAGCCAGCUGCAGGAGGAGCUUAGGCAGCAGCAGGAGCAAAUUGCGAACCUGGAGCAGCAGUGCCAGCGGCAGAAGGCCGAGACGGAGCAGAGCAAGCAGCCCAGCCGGUUAACCGUGGAGGCGGUGAAGGCCAGCAGCGAGUUGCAGCCCCAGUUGCAGAUGCAGUUGCCCAAGUCCCAGGCGCCACUGCGCUCCUCGCCACCGCUUAGCCUGGCGGAUGACAGUGCCUCCAACGAGGAGGCCCUGGGCGGCAUCAUCGACUGGCAGGCGGAUGACCUCGAUUGCGCUUCCAACUCGGGCCGCCAGCCAUCGGGCAUCAUCCAGGGCGUGCACCUGAGCUUCCUGGCAGCCAACACCAGCACCCUGGAACACCUGCAGGCGCUGCUGAAGCAGCGUGAUGGUGAGCUGACCCACCUGCAGUGGGAAUUAUCGCGCCUGCAGGCGGAGCGCAGCGUUCUCGACGGCGAGAUAUCCAACCUGACCAUCGAACUGGAAACGAUGAAGGAUAAACUGCAGGUGUACGAGGUGAUGGAGAAGGGAUACGAGGACCUCCAGCAUCGCUACGACGCCCUGCUGCAGAUGUACGGCGAGAAGGUGGAGCGCACCGAGGAACUGGAGCUGGACCUGACCGAGCUGAAGACGGCCUACAAGCUGCAGAUCGACGAGCUGCUGGCCGCCCCGCCGCCCAAUCUGCAACGGCCGGCGAAGCCGACAUGAUUGCCGGAGCGCAGGAUCGUCUCCCUGCCCGAGUUGCCAUGUCUGCGGCGUACGUGGCCACCGUAACGUUCCCCCUCCGUCGCCCAUUCCCAGUUGCAAAUGUAUUAUGCUUUAUAUGCUAUAUAGCUACUUAUCGGUUAGCCAAGCAAGUCCGGGGAAUCCACUUCCACUUCCCCAUCUCCAUCUCAAUCCCCCACAUACCAUGUACAUGCGAGUACAUAUCUAUGAUUUGCGUAUGCUGACACCUUCUAGUUAUAUUAUGAAUUGAUCGAUUGUGAUAAUUUAAUUUAUACUUAUAUAUACAUAAAGUUAUCGUCUAUGACUAUGUA